AUGGACAUACUCACAGAGUUCUACCCUGAGUAUGAACAUAUCCUGAUAUAUGACAACGUGCCCAUGCAUCUCAAACACCCUGAAGGGUCACUUUCGGCACAUCAUAUGCCAAAAUUCACUCCAAAGGAAGGUCACAACUGGGGGAUUGAGGUCACCAAGCAUGAUAAGGAUGGAAAGACAAUGCAUCACCCAAACAGGUCACUAGAAAAGGAGAAGAUUAAAAUGUCUGACACAAGAUUUGCCAACGGAACGCCCCAGCCCCUCUAUUUCCCUGAAAAUCACCCCUGCACUGGUGUGUUCAAAGGCAUGGCAAUCAUUUUAGAGGAACACAGCUUAAAUGACAAGGCAAAACUAUGCACAGAAUGCAAGGGCUUCAAUUGUGCACCUCCAGCUAUUGAUUGCUGUUGUCACCAGGUGUUAUACAAUCAGCCGGACUUUGCACAUGUAACAACAAUUCUCGAAAACACCUGCAAUGCUAGGGGAUUCUGUGUCAUCUAUCUACCCAAAUUCCACUGCGAGUUGAAUUUCAUUGAGCAGUGUUGGGGCUAUGCAAAAAGAAUCUAUCGUUUAAACCCACCAUGCUCUCGUGAAGACCAGUUUGAGAAGAAUGUCUUGGUGGCAUUGGAUAGUAUUCCCCUGGCAUGCAUGCAAUGGUUUGCAAACCGGUCAUGCAUAUUUAUGGAUGCAUACACAAAAGGUCUAAACGGCAGACAGGCAGCGUGGGCUGCAAUAAAAUACAAGGGCCACAGAAUCCUUCCAGAAAGUCUCAUGACUGAUUUGGAAAAGUCUGGAGUAAGUUGA